UCAAUCCCUUGCACCAAGCAUAACAAAUCCCACACUCCAAGAAAUUCAAAUUAACCAAUCAGCGUACAUGAAAUUCUAUCAUAACCCGACUUCCUUUUCAUCAACCUUCCUUAACGAAUCUCCACUCUAGCAUCCAUGUACCUUACCCACACAAAAAUCAAUUUUAAGGUCAUAACCGUAACUACACCUCGCCAUCUUCUCUUCUUCCCUUUUUCCCGCGAUCUCCGCGUUUCUUCUACUUCCAUAACUUCUUUUUCUUCUUUAAACCUUAUGUUGUAACCCUCUGUUUUGCAUUUUUGUGUUAAUUUGCUCAUAGAUCUGGUUUUAGCCUAAUUAUCGAAUUCGGACUGAGUCCAAAAGCCCUAACAGUUACUAAAUCGCAUGAUAGUUAAGCCUAGGGUUUGGCCUCUUCUUAAUUCGGUACCGGAAAAUGUCUUCGGUUUACGAUAACUGGGAGAGGCUGGUGAGAGCCACCUUGAACAGAGAGCAGCUUAGAACUGCUGGUCAAGGCCAUGAGAGAACUCCUAGCGGCAUCGCCGGUGCUGUUCCUCCAUCGCUUGUGCGCAAAACCAAUAUUGAUGCCAUCUUGCAAGCUGCCGAUGAAAUUCAAGGAGAAGAUCCCAACGUCGCUAGAAUUUUAUGUGAGCAGGCAUAUUCCAUGGCACAAAAUUUGGACCCAAAUAGCGAUGGUCGUGGUGUUCUCCAAUUCAAGACUGGUUUGAUGUCUGUAAUUAAGCAAAAACUUGCCAAAAGAGAUGGUGCUCAAAUAGAUCGCAGUCGUGAUGUUGAACACCUGUGGGAAUUUUACCAACGUUAUAAGAGACGGCAUAGAGUGGAUGACAUUCAAAGAGAGGAGCAAAAGUGGAGGGAAUCUGGAACUUUUACUACUGCUAAUCUCGGAGAGUUGGAAAUAAGAUCUCUAGAGAUGAAAAAGGUAUUUGCUACUUUGAGGGCCUUAGUUGAGGUCAUGGAGGCACUUAGCAAAGAUGCAGAUCCUCAUGGUGUUGGAAGAUAUAUUAUGGAGGAGCUGCGAAGAAUUAAAAAAGUUGGCGAACUCAUACCUUACAACAUUGUCCCUCUGGAUGCACCAUCAUUAACCAAUGCUAUUGGUGUUUUCCCUGAAGUUAGAGGUGCAAUAUCUGCCAUUACAUAUGCCGAACAUUUUCCUAGACUUCCUGCUGGUUUUGAGAUUUCUGGAGAACGGGAGGCAGACAUGUUUGAUCUUCUGGAAUAUGCAUUUGGCUUUCAGAAAGACAACAUAAGGAAUCAACGUGAAAAUGUUGUUCUCACCAUUGCAAAUGCACAGUCGCGACUAGGCAUACCUGUCCAGGCUGAUCCAAAAAUCGACGAGAAAGCGAUCAAUGAGGUUUUCUUCAAGGUGCUGGAUAACUACAUCAAAUGGUGCAGAUACUUACGUAUACGCCUUGUAUGGAAUAGCAUUGAAGCAAUUAAUAGGGAUAGGAAGCUUUUUCUGGUUUCAUUAUACUUUCUUAUAUGGGGUGAAGCUGCAAAUGUUCGAUUUCUCCCUGAAUGCAUUUGCUAUAUAUUUCACCAUAUGGCAAAAGAGUUGGAUGCAAUAUUGGACCAUGGAGAAGCCAAUCAUGCUGCCAGUUGCUUAACUGAUAGUGGUUCUGCAUCCUUCCUUGAGCGAAUUAUUUGCCCUAUAUAUGAAACAAUGGCAGGAGAAGUAGCAAGGAACAAUAACGGGAAAGCUUCACAUUCUGCAUGGAGGAAUUAUGAUGACUUCAAUGAAUAUUUUUGGUCCCCUGCUUGCUUUGAGUUGAGCUGGCCAAUGAAGCAGGAUUCAUCAUUUUUGUUUAAGCCUAGGAAGCGGAAAAGGACUGGUAAAAGCACUUUUGUUGAGCACCGUACGUUUCUUCACUUAUAUCGAAGUUUUCACCGGCUCUGGAUCUUUUUGAUUUUGAUGUUCCAGGCAUUGACGAUUAUAGCAUUCCAUGAUGGGGAUAUCGAUUUGGAUACCUUUAAAGUAGUACUUAGCACUGGACCUUCAUUUGCCAUCAUGAACUUCAUAGAGAGUUGCUUAGAUGUCCUACUUAUGUUUGGGGCUUAUACUACAGCACGGGGCAUGGCUAUCUCAAGGAUUGUUAUUAGGUUCUUUUGGUGGGGCUUGAGCUCAGUGUUUGUAACAUAUGUUUACGUGAAGGUUCUGGACGAAAGAGAUCAAAGGAACUCAAAUUCAUUGUAUUUCCGGAUAUAUAUACUUGUGUUGGGUGUUUAUGCAUCUUUGCGCCUAGUCUUUGCUUUGCUACUCAAAUUUCCAGCUUGCCAUACUCUGUCUGAUAUUUCUGAUCAAUCAUUCUUUCAAUUUUUUAAGUGGAUUUAUCAGGAACGUUAUUUUGUUGGACGGGGUCUUUUUGAGAAAAUGAGUGAUUAUUGCAGGUAUGUCCUAUUCUGGCUGGUGGUUCUCGCCUGCAAAUUCACAUUCACUUACUUUCUCCAGAUUAGACCUCUUGUCAACCCCACUGAUGCUAUCACAGGACUUCGGGUUGUGGAAUAUUCAUGGCAUGAUUUGAUAUCAAAGAAUAAUAAUCAUGCCUUAACCAUAGCUAGCCUGUGGGCUCCUGUUAUUGCUAUUUAUCUUAUGGAUAUUCAUAUUUGGUACACUCUUUUAUCUGCAAUUGUGGGUGGCAUAAUGGGCGCACGGGGUCGUUUAGGCGAGAUACGGUCACUUGAAAUGGUGCAUAAACGUUUUGAGAGCUUCCCAGAGGCAUUUGUGAAAAAUCUGGUCUCCCUUCAAGCAAAAAGGUGGUGGAUGCCAUUCAGUCAACAAGCAUCCCAGGAAUCUCAAGAUACAAAUAAAGAAUAUGCUGCAAUGUUUGCUCCUUUCUGGAAUGAGAUAAUCAAAAGCUUGCGCGAGGAAGAUUUUAUUAGUAACAGGGAGAUGGACCUACUUUCCAUUCCUAGCAAUACAGGAAGCUUAAGAUUAGUUCAAUGGCCUUUGUUUCUUUUGAGUAGUAAGAUCUUGUUAGCAGUUGAUUUGGCUUUGGACUGCAAAGAUACUCAAGCAGAUCUUUGGAACAGAAUAUGUAGGGAUGAGUAUAUGGCAUAUGCAGUUCAGGAGUGCUAUUACAGUGUUGAGAAAAUCUUACACUCUCUGGUUAAUGGUGAAGGGAGACUCUGGGUUGAAAGGAUUUUUCGGGAGAUUAACAACAGUAUAUUGGAGGGAUCACUUGUUGUAACUUUAACCCUUAAGAAGCUUCCUCUUGUGGUGCAAAGAUUUACUGCACUAACUGGACUCUUGAUAAGAGACCAACCUGAACUAGCUAAAGGUGCUGCAAAUGCUUUGUUUCAGCUCUAUGAGGUUGUGACUCAUGAUCUGCUGUCAUCUGAUCUGAGAGAACAGCUUGAUACGUGGAAUAUUUUAGCUAGAGCAAGAAAUGAAGGGCGCCUAUUUUCUACAAUAGAAUGGCCAAAAGAUCCAGAAAUUAAAGAGCAGGUGAAACGUUUGCAUCUUCUUCUUACUGUUAAGGACACUGCAGCUAACAUCCCGAAGAAUCUUGAAGCCAGAAGAAGAUUACAGUUUUUUACAAAUUCACUAUUUAUGGAUAUGCCUUCAGCAAAACCAGUUUCUGAAAUUAUACCUUUUAGUGUGUUCACGCCAUACUAUAGUGAGACUGUGCUUUAUAGUUACUCCGAGUUGCGAGAUGAAAAUGAGGAUGGGAUAUCAACUCUUUUCUAUCUGCAGAAAAUUUUCCCAGAUGAAUGGGAAAAUUUCUUGGAACGGAUUGGUAGGGGAGAGUCUACUGGGGAAGUUGAUUUUCAGAAAAAUUCUAGUGAUACUUUGGAGCUUCGUUUUUGGGCAUCCUAUCGGGGGCAGACUCUUGCCCGGACUGUGCGUGGUAUGAUGUACUACAGAAGGGCUUUGAUGCUGCAGAGCUUUCUUGAGAGGAGAUCAUUAGGAGUGGAUGAUCAUAGUCAAACAGGCUUGUUCGCCACUCAAGGAUUCGAAUUAUCACGGGAAUCAAGGGCACAGGCCGACUUGAAGUUCACUUAUGUGGUAUCAUGCCAAAUUUACGGGCAACAGAAGCAACGGAAAGAUAAAGAGGCUGCUGAUAUUGCUCUUUUGUUGCAGCGAAAUGAGGCACUUCGAGUUGCAUUCAUACAUGUGGAGGAGAGUGGCUCUGCUGACGGAAAGGUUUCUAAGGAAUUCUAUUCAAAGCUUGUUAAAGCUGAUAUACAUGGAAAAGAUCAGGAAAUAUAUUCAAUUAAACUUCCUGGAGAACCAAAGCUUGGAGAAGGGAAGCCUGAGAAUCAAAACCAUGCUAUUAUUUUUACACGCGGAGAAGCUAUUCAAACUAUUGACAUGAAUCAGGACAACUACCUUGAAGAGGCAAUGAAAAUGAGAAAUCUUUUGGAGGAAUUUAAAGCGAAACACGGCAUUCGACCUCCCACCAUUCUUGGUGUAAGAGAGCAUGUUUUUACAGGAAGUGUCUCAUCUUUAGCCUGGUUCAUGUCCAAUCAAGAGACUAGUUUUGUAACACUGGCUCAACGUGUCUUAGCAAGUCCUCUCAAAGUCCGCAUGCACUAUGGCCAUCCAGAUGUCUUUGAUCGAAUAUUUCAUAUAACUCGAGGAGGCAUUAGCAAGGCAUCGCGUGUAAUUAAUAUUAGUGAAGAUAUAUUUGCAGGGUUUAACUCUACAUUGAGGCAAGGGAAUAUCACGCACCACGAAUAUAUCCAGGUUGGAAAGGGGAGAGAUGUUGGGUUGAACCAGAUUGCUCUUUUCGAAGGGAAAGUUGCUGGAGGAAAUGGAGAGCAAGUCCUAAGCAGGGAUGUCUAUAGGCUUGGACAACUUUUCGAUUUCUUCAGAAUGCUCUCUUUCUACUUCACAACUGUUGGAUACUAUGUAUGCACAAUGAUGACUGUUCUCACAGUUUAUGUUUUUCUGUAUGGGAGGGUUUACCUGGCUUUCUCUGGACUUGAUAGUGCGAUUGCGAAGCAAGCAAGGCUGUCAGGUAAUACAGCUUUAGAUGCUGUUUUGAACACACAAUUCUUGGUCCAGAUUGGAGUUUUUACCGCUGUCCCAAUGGUAAUGGGUUUUAUACUUGAACUGGGAUUACUGAAGGCUGUUUUUAGCUUUAUCACAAUGCAGCUUCAGUUGUGUUCAGUGUUCUUUACAUUUUCUUUGGGAACUAGAACUCAUUAUUUUGGACGUACUAUUCUCCAUGGAGGUGCAAAGUACCGAGCAACUGGUAGAGGCUUUGUAGUCCGUCACAUAAAGUUUGCUGAAAAUUACAGACUGUACUCAAGAAGUCAUUUUGUUAAAGCGCUUGAAGUAGCAUUGCUUCUCAUAGUUUAUAUUGCUUACGGGUACACAGAUGGUGGUGCUGUGUCCUUUGUGUUGUUGACGCUUAGCAGCUGGUUUCUUGUCAUCUCAUGGCUUUUUGCUCCAUACAUAUUCAACCCAUCUGGUUUUGAAUGGCAAAAGACAGUUGAAGAUUUUGAUGAUUGGACCAGCUGGCUUCUGUAUAAAGGUGGGGUAGGGGUUAAAGGAGAUCAUAGCUGGGAAUCAUGGUGGAAUGAAGAACAGAUGCAUAUCCAAACAUUGAGAGGUCGCAUAUUGGAAACCAUAUUAAGCUUGCGAUUCUUUGUGUUUCAAUAUGGCAUUGUAUACAAAUUAAAUCUCACAGGAAAGGACACAUCUCUUGCGAUUUAUGGCUUCUCCUGGAUCGUAUUGAUUGCUGUGGUCAUGAUUUUUAAGAUCUUUACCUACAGCCCUAAGAAAUCCACGAGCAUCUUUGAGAAAUGUGUCAACUUUCAGCUGUUCAUGCGCUUCAUGCAAGGAGUCUCAUCAAUAGGACUAGUUGCAGCACUUUGUCUUGUUGUUGCCUUCACCGAUCUGACAAUUGCGGACCUAUUUGCCAGCAUUCUGGCAUUUAUUCCUACAGGAUGGGCCAUAUUAUGCUUGGCUGUCACUUGGAAAAAGGUGGUUUGGAGUUUAGGCUUGUGGGAUUCAGUGCGGGAGUUUGCCAGAAUGUAUGAUGCUGGGAUGGGUGUGAUUAUUUUUGCCCCAGUUGCUUUCUUAUCUUGGUUCCCGUUCAUUUCUACCUUUCAGUCUCGCCUUCUAUUUAACCAAGCAUUUAGCCGGGGGCUUGAGAUCUCUCUUAUCCUUGCUGGAAACAAAGCUAAUGUUGAUGUAUGAUUCGUUACAUUCUCAGCUUGUCUGCCUACUGGAGUUGUAGAAUUUUGAAAAUGUAGGUGUACACGAGAACUAGUAGAGUUCCACAUGGUCGAAACGGCAUUGUAUACGUUCUGAGUUUUAUGUAAUGCAUUGCUUUAUUUACCUGAAA